AGGUCCCGUCCCAUCGAUCCGUAUCUCUAACACGUUUAGCAUUGAGACGAGAGUAGAUAACUGAAACAUUUAUACCACCAUGUCGCAAUUUCUUGAAGCAUGUAGCUAUUAUCGAACCAUGUUGUAUUCGCUGUUUAUAGAACCUUGUAGUGAGUUGACCUCUUUUCAUUGAACACGUUAAUCGCUUGUAUCUUCAAAAGCUCGACUGGUGAGACAAACUGUAUUGUCUGGACGAAACAGGCAAGUAUUGUUCAGAGCACCCGCGGGAUGCUGCAACUCGUCGCACAAACAAGACGACACAAGACCAUGCUCAAGAACGGACAGAUUUGUUCUGCUAGCUUCUUUGCCUCCUGCCACCAACUAACCAUGGCUGACGAGUCGUUUGCUUCGACGUCCUCGGCCAACCAGUCCGUUUUGCCAACACCUCGUCGUCCUUUCGAUGGUAGCGAAUCUAUUAGCGGCUUUAAACGACGCCGGUCCCCGAGUCCAGAGUUCGAAGAAGAGGCAGACAAGAAGAGGCAGAGGAUGCUACGUCCUCUCACUUCAAGUCUUUCUGCUCAUUCACGCGCGGCCUCCCUAUCGAUGCUGCCACCGCCGGCCCCAGCAUCCAAUCCAUCGCAUGACUUGCCACCGACAUCUUCUCGCAGUCAGUUAACCAGUUUUCCUUCGAUCUCUUCACAUUCGCUUCGACACAGUGCUUCUUUCACUACAUUUCAAGAUCUCUAUGGCAGCACCUCUUCUUCUCGCACUAGCACUCGCAAUCCCGAAUUGACAAUUUGGGAGAGUAAAACGUUUCGCGAGAAACUGAAUGCAACAAACCCAAGCCCCGUGCGCCCUCCUCUCUCUCGCAGCCAGUCAGUCUCGUCUCUCCGAUCUUCUGGCCCUCCCGAGUUACAUGCCGCGUCAGCGAAACACCACCUUCAGAAACGCGACGUCACCAUCGACUUCAAUCCCCCAACUCCCUUCGACGAUAAUCUUGCAGUCGCCCUAGCGUGUUCCAAGCACAACAUUUUGUUUUUCCCCCGCCGCAAUCGCAUCUUCUACAAGAAGCUGUCGUCAAAUGAUGUUGCCACCCAAUUGUGCAAGGUCAAAGAUGGCAACCUUACCGCCAUGGCCAUCGGGGCGUUUGGCCCGGAGGGUGUAGAGUCGAUCGCGAUAGCCUCUCGCGCCGGAGUGAUCGAGAUCUGGGAUAUCAAGAUGAUGCAGAAACUUGUCAGCUUUUCAAUGAAGGAGCCUACUGCCCUUGCCUGGAAUGGACCAGUGUUGACGGUCGGUAAUGCUGAAGGUAGCAUAAGGCAUUACGAUACGCGGUUGGAUAAAGACAAGAUCAAGAAGGGUACAAAGGUGGCCAGAUACCACAAAGCCAUGGUUACGAGGAUCGCGUACAACUUUAACACCAGCAACUAUAUGUUCGCCAGUGGAGAUGUUGACGGGAAUGUUUUAGUUUGGAAUGCAAAGACUAACCAGCCGAUGCACGUAGGUCUCGUUCCAGAGUCUGCUAGGAGACUCAGAAGUGAAAGCUAUCCGAAGGAAAUCAAGCAUGGUGCGCCGAUCACUGUAAGUUAUACCCUAUCGCUUCAAUUGCACCCUGUAUUGAUUAUCUUAACUUGACUAGGCCAUAUCUUGGUCGCCAUGGAACUCCAAACUCUUCGCAGCUGGUGACAAAAAUGGGUUAACACGCGCGUGGCUAGUGGAUCCCACCUCUCCUAUAUCCGACAUCGUUCCUGGCCAAACAAUGGAUUACGGGACGCGCGUCGUCUCGAUUCAUUGGUCCUACAAUGUUAAAGAGUUCCUCACCGUUCACGGUGAGAUAACGUCCAAAUAUAACCCCUC